GUCCAUUUCUUAUCCCUCUCAAUGACUCUAUUUUUAGACUGGUAAGUCGUUUUAGAUAUUCUGACUAUAUAUUUUUCAUCAGAUUCUGUGUUUGAUCAGGUUCAAGAUCAUCAUGAACGCCCCGCAUAGAAAGAUCAUGCACAUGGUAUUGAUAAUUACCGCAACAUGGUACUGGUGGUGUUUGAGAGUGGGCGUCGUACUUGCAGACCCGGAGAUCAAUCUGUUGAAUAAGGGCUGCAGCACCUACAACGUGUCCAACGUCUCGGGUUUCUAUACCAACCUGAACGCGACGUUCUCGGAGCUCAGAGCACAGUUGAACAACGGCAGCAACAAAUACUUCGCGACUGCACAACAAGUGAGUGGCUCGAGCCCGGCCUACGCCAUGGUGCAGUGCAGGAACUACCUCUCCACUGCAGACUGCAUUGCUUGUUUCACCACAGCCGAGUCUCAAAUCCGCAACUGCUCUGCUGCCAACGGUGCUCGUGUCAUCUACGACGGCUGCUUCCUUAGGUACGAGAGCACCAGCUUCUAUGACCAGACCACACUGCCUGGUAGCGAAGGGAUUUGUGAGAAUCAGACGGCAUCCCAAGCCACCUAUUUUACUACAGCUGUGGAAGCAUUGUUAUUGGAUCUCCAAGUUGCCACUCCUAAAAUAAAUGGUUUCUUUGCUGCGAGUAAUAAGGAAGUGGCGGUUGGUGGUGGUACUGUGUAUGGUGUGGCACAGUGUGUGGAAACAGCUAGCGAGACUGCUUGUCUGGAUUGCUUGAAACUUGCUUACACCAAAGCACAGAUAUGUCUUCCUGGUAAAGAUGGUAGGGCAGUUGAUGCUGGGUGUUUCCUUAGGUACUCGGACACCGCCUUCUUUGCUGACAACCAAACAACUAAUAUCAGUCCUUUCUUUGGAAAUGGAAGUUCGAGUAAGAAGAAAGCCAUUAUUGGAGGAGUAGUUGGAGGUGUAGGUGCUCUUCUCAUUAUAGCUUUGUUAGCCUGGUUUUCACUGUCAAGAAGGCCCAAGGCAGCUUUUAGAGGUGACAUAUUAGGAGCAACUGAAUUGCGAGGUCCGGUGAAUUACAAGUUGAAGGACUUGAAAUUGGCAACAAAGAAUUUUAGCGAAAAAAACAAACUCGGAGAAGGAGGAUUUGGUGAUGUAUACAAGGGAACUCUGAAAAAUGGGAAAAUAGUAGCUGUCAAGAAACUAGAUAUAGGGAAAUCCUCGAGGGCAAAGGCAGAUUUCGAGAGUGAAGUGAAACUUAUAAGUAAUGUUCAUCAUCGGAAUCUGAUCCGUCUUCUUGGGUGUUGUAGCAAAGGACCAGAACAACUUCUUGUCUAUGAAUACAUGGCAAACAGUAGUCUGGAUAAGUUCUUAUUUGGGGAAAGACGAGGAUCUCUCAACUGGAAACAGAGAAAUGAUAUAAUCCUGGGCACAGCCAGGGGCCUUGCUUAUCUACACGAGGAAUUCCACGUAUGUAUCAUACAUAGAGAUAUAAAAACCAGCAACAUUCUUCUGGAUGAUGAUUUCCAGCCCAAGAUUGCAGACUUUGGGUUAGCAAGACUUCUACCGGAGGAUCAAAGUCAUCUCAGCACCAGAUUUGCAGGGACGUUAGGAUAUACGGCCCCCGAGUAUGCAAUCCAUGGCCAGCUAUCAGAAAAGGUAGAUACCUACAGCUUUGGUGUCGUCGUCCUUGAAAUUAUAUGCGGCCGAAAAAGCAGCGAACUGAAGAUUCAAGAUGAAGGGGAAUACCUCCUUUCACGGGUAUGGAAUCUGCACGAGAAUGGCAAGCAUUUGGACUUGGUUGACGAUACCUUAGACCCAAACGAUUAUACAGCAGAAGAAGUGAAAAAAAUAAUAGAGAUAGCUCUAAUGUGCACUCAGUCAUCGGCUACACAGAGGCCCUCAAUGUCUGAAAUAGUUGUUUUACUGAAAAGCAAGGGGUCAACGGAGCGCCCGCCACCAGCUAAGCCAGCCUACGUUGAUUCUGAUAAGAAAAUCCGGGGCGACACAUCCACUUCAACCGCAUCCUCCAAGUCUAAUGCCACCACCUCUUUCUCUCAGUUCUCAGGUCGCUAAUGUAUAUGGCAAUCAGAAAUUCUCAAGCGCGACUUGUAUGUUUAAACUUUAUAAGUAUUCCUUGUUUACAGUAUGUAU